CUGUAAGACCGAACAGUAAAGGUUUGAUAAAUAAAAUGUGUUGUAAUAACUUAAAAAUUUAAAAAAGUUCAUUAGUCUCAAAUUUUCUGUGUCAUGUGUACAUUUUUUUAUUUUUAAGUUUACAGUGCUCAAACGCUUUAAUUGAUUUUUGUCAUAGCACUAUCCCGCCUGACGUCACAUCCAUGUGCAUUCAACGCACAUGCUCAUCUGGGCCUGGGAGAGAGUUCGCCAUUUUGGUCUGCUUGCUCGGGUGCGUUUUUUUUUUUGGUCGAGAAAAGUUGAGAAAAUAUAGCGAAACAGGUUUCACAGUGGCAUUAUUCUGUGAAUACACGCGCUGUAGCAUGCAGCAAUUUUACGAAGAUCAUCGGACAAAGUUUUAUUCCGUUUUGACCACGCUGUCUGCUGUUAUAUCGAUUUUGGUUUUGGGAGCAUUAAUCUGGUAAGUAAUCUAUUAACACUAUAUUUGACUGUCGUUUUACAAUUAUCUGCACACUUGGUGUCUUGAAAGUAGAUUUAUUUUAUGCCUUUACAAUUAUAUAUGAUGUCCAUCGCAAACUAGCAAACCGGUAAUCAUUGAAUUCGGGCAUGAAAUUAACAUGACAUAAUCCUUGUUAAACAUAGUCACAGUUGGGGUUCGCGUUUCGCGGUAAAAUAAAUAAAAAAUCAUUAAUAAUUGUGGUGACGACCAACAAACGUGAUGUGCUAGAGCAGGGGUUUUCCUACUUAGAAAAAUUGGGUGGUCACAGUUGUCCCUAUAUUUUUUUGGUAAAUAUAGAUAUUUUGGAACGAAUUCGUUGGCUUGGUGUGUUUACCAGAGUGUCAAUGUUAAAGCACAGAUUAAAACAAGCUACCUUAAUUACGUUUUUUUACUUUAACAAGUUAUAUGCAUGUUUAAUUUUUUUUUACAGAGUUUGUUACUUUAACUUGUAUUGUACCACAGUGAUAAAUGCAUUACACUGUGUUAGUUUACCAAUGUCCAUGCAGAAGUGCGUGUUAUUAAGAUUAUCUAUUACACAUUUCUAUGCUGGUAUUUAGCUUUUAACACUUUAGAAAGCAGACUGUAUACUGAUAAGUGUUUUUUGUGAACAUUGCAACCUAACUAACUUUUGAAUCUUCAUUUUUUUAGGUUAAAACUGAAGCAGCUGGCCAGCAUACAGCGUUUUCAGUACGGUCCUACGAGUGCUGGUACAUCGAACAUUUAAGAUCAUUUAAGCUGACAUCAUUGGACAACUUCUCUGUGCAUGAGCUAUCAGAACUAAAUGACACAGAAUGGAAGCGCAGAACUUUUUCCUGCAUGUCCAUACAUCCACUGACAUUGUGAGGAAGAUGACUUUAUCUUCACGUCCAGCAUCUGUGGAAGAGCUAAAAACAAAGAUAAAAGAGAAAUUUGAUCUCACCAUUGACUUUACCCUAUCAUACCAAGAUCCUGACUUCAAUGGGCAACUAUGUUCCCUUUUAGACAUUGAGGAACUUCCACAGAAGGCUGUCCUUAUAGUGGUGCGAUCUGAGAAUGAUGCUAGUUCUGUAGCAUCUGAUGACACCGUAAUAUUGCCACAUGCAAGGAUUCCAGAGAGGACUGAAAUGUGGCCUUGCAUUUUUCAAGUGCCCACUUUUUCUUUUGAAGUAGAACUUGUACUUGCUGAGGGAAAUGCUGCAUACGAGACAACAGGAAAGACUUUGAAGUUAAAUAGAGGACAAAAGCACAACAUUCUUGAGACCCUAGCAGAACAAAUGCAUGGCUAUAAAGCAUACCCUAAUGUUAAGGAAAUUUCUAUGGUAGCAGAAGCCCUUGUCAACAAGCAUCCCUGUCUAAAAGAGCCAGGCUCUUGUGCAGGUUGGUAUGGAUGGAAGAACAGCCUAACAUUUAAGAUGGGCAACUACCGCACAAAAUUAAGUCGUGCUGGAUCUCAGGAAGUUGCUGUAAAUUCUGGAAAGAGGAGUAAAAACUACCCCCAAAAAGAUGCCCCUCACACGAACAUCAAAAGACCAAAAAGGGCAGAGAUUAAUUUCCUUCCAAAUUUCCCAAGAGGUGAAGAUGCUUCAAGCCUCGAACAACAAAGGCAAAGAAUUAUAGAUGAAGUUCAGAUGGCUGACAAAAAUCUUGUCCUGAUCACAAAGUUAAUGGACAGCACUUUUGCUUUGCGGCGCAAAGAGAUCGUCUGUAAUGAGAUACCAGUUGAUGAAAUCCUGAAACGAUGGCCUGCCCUUAAAUUAGAGUCGCAGAUCUGUGCUGAGUUUCACAGAGUGACGAAUGUCAACCUAAAGAAUCGUUUCUUUGCUCAACUGGACCAACAUACCCCCCGGCUUCAGAGCCUGUUUCGGAAAAAAGCUUCUCGGACAGGAAAAGCUUCUGAACUCCUGGAUGAGCUCUUCAGGAUUUAUGACCUCCAGGUGGAGCAGACUGAAGAACUGAACACCAGUGAUGUACCACUUGGGCUCCUCCUAAGCAAUCAGACAUCAUCAGAUGCCCAUUUUUUCUGCCCAGAGAGGAUUGCAGUUCUGAUUGAGGGUAACAUUGUUAUUGAGUCCUCCACACUGGCUGAUGCAUUCGUCAUUCUAUUUGCACUUACAUACACCCUGCACCUUAACUAUCCAAAACAAUUGCUCAACACAUUUGACUUCGUCCAAAAGGUCUUGAUGGGUCUUGAGGAUGGAAAGUUGAGGCCUAGAGUUUUGAGUCUGAAAAAUGACCUGUUAGCAGUAGUGUAAGCACAUUUGUUUUUCUUGCUGUAAAACAUCUAACAGAUGGGUUUUAUAGAUAUUGUUGCUGAAGUUUUAAUGUCAUAAAGUUGAAUGAAGUCCUGUUUUGUACAUUUUUGUACUUGUGUAAUAUGUUUGUGUAUCUAAUACAUAUAUUUGUAUUGACAAAUAUUCUAAAUGUGUCCUAUGGUGUGACAACAAACAAUGUGGGGAAAAACAUUAUUUAAAAUAGUUUAAUCUCUUUAAUGGUAUUUGUAACUUUCUCAUGCUAUUUGUUUAAUUGUUAUUUUUUAUAUCUUUGCAAUGUCACACCAUAGGACAUAUUUACAAAUAUAAUACACUCAGGUAAUUUUGAAAUUGUGGAAUGGUGUGGUGGCAAUAGGAAUUUGCACAUAGGGUUAACUGCAAGUUAAAUGAUGGCUUCCUUGCAGCAGGCAAUUGCACACUGCCAUGCUGUUUUGUAUAUUAAACCUCUUACAGAAUUGUUUUAUAUUAUAGUAGUUUUAAUGUUAAAUGCUUGUUGAAGGACUGAAUGUUCGCAUAGGAUACUUGCACAUUGGUGUGACUGAGAGAUUCUGUAUCUGUUUACAUUGCAGUGCACAAACUUCAGCUUUAUUUUGUGUACGUAACAAAACACUAAAGAUAAGCUUUAUUAUACUUAUAAUAUUUGUAAUACGUGUUACACUUCAUUCAUCUUUAUUUUAUAAUUUCAAUUUGUUACAGUUAAAUGUUUUAAAUAAUUGUUUUAGAAAACGUAUAGUGAUCCGGAUGUUGAGUAAUGUCGAGGCAAUUUGGAAAGUUUACACAUGGCACAUUCAUGUGUCUUGAGCAUUUUGUAUUUGUUUACAUUGCAAGAAUAUGAGAUAUUUCAAGAACGUCAUAUUUGGUUAAUAAACAAGUUACUUGCACCAAA